ACGCUGAUGCAAAGGUACCUAAACUUCUAAAGCAGAAUCUUGAAUUAUUCACAGUCCAGGUCCACUUAGUUUGAAAUGACGUAGUUCACUGAACAGCCGUCUCAAGGGCAGGAGGGGCAGACUAAUGGGUGAAAGAAAAGAAGUUCCUGGAAACAGGAGUGAGGCUGGACGCUGUCGUUCAAAGUGAGAGAUUCCUCUUGACUCCUCUGCUCAGCUGUGCACCCAUCACUAACUCCCCGAGAGAAACCAACAGGGCAGAAGAUCUCCCGGUCUGAUCCAGACUGUAUUUACGGAUCGGUGGACAGAAUGAGCCAUUGACAGUUUAGGAGUGGUGUUGGUGACGGCAAAAGUAGGUAUAACAAGUGAACCUCCGUACUCCUGUUUAAAGCUCACCUAACAAACUGCAACAACUUGUAUCCACUUCCUCAUGAGCUCAGAGCCGCCGAUCAAUCUGAUCAAUCUGCUUUCAACAUGAGUGGACAGGGCUGUCAGCUCCUGGUGUCCCCAUCAUUGAACAUGAUUAGAGGAUACCAGCCCCAGUCCAUCAGGAUGCCCAUGACUUCCCCACAGCAGGCCAGUCUCAGUCCCUCCUCAGGCAUGGAGAAGGUGAAAAAAGGGGCCCUCCACCCCUACACUUCUGAGAAACAAGGUGGAGGCCAUGUCCUCCUUCCUGCCUUGUGCCUGCGCAGACAGGUGUUGACCAAUGGGAAAAAUCCAAAUGUGCAGACUGCAUCUUCACACCACCAAGUGCCUGCUAUUCAUCCUCCAACCACAGCCGGGACCACUAACAUACAGACGGGACUCUGUUCCUCUAGAAACAGCUUCAAAGGUUGCUCUGUUUCCCACCCUGCAAUGGAGGUAUUUGGUCAGCCAGCUGCUCCCAACCUGACAGUGACCAGCAGCCCCAUGACAGUUGCCCCAGUGCAGCGGUAUACAGCAGGGCCUGCAGUGCCACAUCCUCCCUCACAUCCACAUGGUGUGCAGAUUCCCCACACUGAAGCCAGGUUGUUGCUAUCCAGAGAGUCUCUGGCAUCCACCACCCUCAGUCUGUUUGAUACACAGUCAGUGUUUAGUGGCAGACAUGACUGGCCGUAUGGCUACCGUGCGCUCCCUCCAGUGAGUCUAGCACCUGCCAGCGAGGGAGGAGAGCAGAUCACUUUCUCCCCUGGUACAGCCAUGUCAGGCACCACCGCCUCUGGUGGCACGAGCACCUCUGCCUCACUGCCCUCGUACCUCUUUGCAUGUGACGCCGGAAGCCCGAGGCAGUCCCGCGCUAAGAAGAGAGCUCUCUCCAUGUCCCCAUUGUCAGAUGUCAUGGGCAUUGAUUUCAACUCCAUCAUACGCACCUCACCUACCUCCCUUGUGGCAUAUAUCAAUGGUCCCCGCAGCUCUCCAGCGUCCUACCCUACUCUCUCACCUGUCCUGUCUGAUAGUUAUGGUCACUUCCUGGGUGUGAGAGGCAGCUGCAUCCCCCACACUCACCCUUACAGCGUGCCAGACUCAUCGCAGGCUCUGGCCCCGCACGGAGAAGGUGGUCGUAUGCAGUUGCUCGAAGAUGGAGGGGGUCUAGAGAGCCAGAUGGCAAACAUGGUGGUGGAGCAGCAGUGCCUCCCAGAGGAAGGAGGGGCACUGGAGAACACUUUACAAAGCUUCAGCCAAACGACCAACAAUCUGCUGUCAGCUCUGGAGCUACAGCCAGCCAUGUUGACUACUAUCCAAGAAGCUUCAACUCCACAGGGGCCUCCACCACCCUACCACUCACACCAGCACAUCAACCUCACUAGACGUCACUGUAAAUUAAAGCUGCCUUCUCAAGACCCUCUCACGCACGCCCCCAUGGUUCCUCCCAGGUAUGGCUUAAGCUUUUUACCACAGGUCCCAAUGCUGGAGGAGGAAGAAGGAGAGCUGGAGGACUAUGGAGCCCACUGCUGCAGCUGGUUGAACUGCAGUGCAGUGUUCGAGCAAAAGGAGGAGCUGGUAAAGCACAUAGAGAAACUACAUGUGGACCAGAGGAAGGCAGAGGACUUCACGUGCUACUGGGUGGGCUGUCCACGCAACUUCAAGCCAUUUAAUGCCCGAUACAAGCUUCUUAUCCACAUGAGGGUCCAUUCAGGAGAGAAACCCAACAAGUGCACGUUCGAGAGCUGCAAGAAAGCUUUCUCUCGGCUAGAAAACCUGAAGAUCCACCUGCGCAGCCACACAGGGGAGAAGCCCUACCUGUGUCAGCACCCAGGAUGUCACAAGGCCUUCAGCAACUCCAGUGAUAGAGCCAAACACCAGCGAACACACCUGGAAACAAAGCCGUAUACAUGCCAGGUGCCGGGCUGUGCAAAGCGUUACACUGACCCCAGCUCCUUGAGGAAACACGUGAAAUCCCACUCGACUAAAGAACGACAGUUACGGAAGAAGAUGAAAUCCACUGCUGGUGUGACCCAGGACACGCUGACAGACUGUUUAACCAUCCACCCGCUACAGCCAAGUCUUUCUCCUCUGGCAAGGAUAGACAGCAACUUGAACUCUUCCCCUGGUGCAUCCCACGAGUCUUUCUGUGCUACUCCACAGGGACAAGACUCCUCCAGUAAUCCUCACCUGGCUCUGUUGUGCUCCUUACAAGAUAAUUACAGGUGUGUUGAUCCUUCCCCUCACCAGCUUUUCUCCAGGGACCAGUGUGGGCCUUGCUCUUCCACCUGCCUCCCCCACCCUCCCAUUGGGACAUCCCUGCAGAACAACUGCAUUCUAAAGCACCCCAGGCAGCCUCCUGAUCUGGCAGAUCACAAUCAAGAGCUUUCAGAGCAGAUGAAGAUGCUAUAUUCUACUCCACAAUAUGCUGGGAUCACAGCACAGUCAAGCUCGAGUCACCUGAUGCAAGAUGAUGCCUUUGGUGACAGGCUCGCUCCAGCAGUCAAUAAUCCCAAUGGGGUGACUGCUUUACCAACAGCUCUUUCCUGUAACUCAGGAUUUCAAGUCCACAACAAAGCAGAUGAAGAGGUGCAUGGAGAAGAUUUCUUCAGUGUGGUGGACCACAGCACAAGUCAGGACUCCUGCAUCUAUUCUGAGGGAUGAUUGUGUUUCUCUGUUCUGUUAAAGGUUAGAGUUAAAUGAUGAAUAGAAAUAACCCUUUGUAUCCUACUUAAGCCAGCAGGUAGUUCCAUAGCCGAUCUAGCAAAAGUCUUAGGCUAAAAACACUUUCCACCAGAAGUACCAGGAACUUUUAGUCCAAAGACCUGUGUCAAGAGACUGAAAGUUUCAUCCAGCUAAGUUUUUUUCCCUGUGUUUUCCCAGAAGUUCAAAGACCAGGGAAGAUCAGGAAAAUGUUUCUGCUGGCGUGUGAUAAAAAACUAAAUAAGCCAGGGGGAAAAAGAAAAAAUAUUUAAAAAGUUAAGAAAGCUUAAGAGAUACAAAAGGCUGGAGAGUAAAACAGUUAAACCACUAAUUAAAGAAAGCACAUGAAGUAAACACCAAACAGACAUAUAAUAUUUAAAAACUCCUGAGAGAACAAGGAUGUCAACAGACUCUGAAAGUGAUGAGGCAAAAAACCUGUUGUGGUGCUUCUUGCUGAAAUGUUUGCAUUUUUCUCUUCAUCAUUAGUGGAAAUUUUCAAAUGGGGUCAUAACAGCUAAGCACUGUUGUCAGAUUUAAGAGGGCUUUAGAUUUAACUGAGCCCUGGAUAGUCUGGGGAUCAUAUUUUAGUUGAAGAAAUAUUUUCAGUUUUCAAGCAAAUAAAAAUGUCUAGGUCAAAGCCUUUUUUUUUUAAAGUAGGCUUGUAGAAAGCGGGAUAAUGCACUGAAGCUGUUGUUAAAGAAGAUUUGGGACAUCAACAGGGUGAGAUGAACCCCGAAACAAAGCUUAAGGUCAUUGUCUCACCUGUUAUUGACUACUCGACAGUGCAAGUGUCAGGAACUCAAUCAAUCAGCAGUACAAAGCCUACCCACAAUAUUCUUGUUCUGACAGAAAGCACUACCCCAAAAUAGGAACCUUUUAGGUUACAUGGAGUCCCCAGUAUUAUUAUUAUUAUAUAGAUUCUGGUUCCUGCAGUGGAAAUAGACCUCCACAUUUCCAAAUUCCUGGGUAAAGCUCCUGCUGUGGAUAUGGACAGAGUAACACUCCACAGUUCCUGGGGAAAGUUCCUGCGGUGGAAACAAAGCUUUAGAUGCUGCAACCCAAGUUGAAAUAUAAUUGAGGGAAUCAACACUUUGGUUCUAUGUCUUAAUUUGAUUUCUCCGUCUCUGGUCAACUCAAUCUCUCUAAAUCUUGUAUCGAGCUCAACACUGUCUUCGGCCUCGAUAACUAAUACAGGGCGAUGCCUGAGCCUAAAGGAUUUUACUGUUUACUCUCUCAGUUUUCAUUCUGUUGUCAAUAUCAUGUAGCUAUGUACUUCAAGUAGUUUCUUGUGAGGUUUUGUUCAGUACCCAAUACUGCAAUCAAAGUGGAGUAUGCAAGAAAUCAUUCAUUAAGGUUUUUCUUAGACCUUUUGUAACUAUAGUAACAAGACAUCCUUACCUUUUCAAUGUAAUGCUCAUAGUCAUAACAUGUUGAAUAUAGAAAUGUGCUAUUGGGGCUCCUGGUCCUUGAUCAUGAGGCAGAUUUGUGUCUCUGAACAUGCCAGCGAUUUAGUUUAUCUACUGUAAAUUACCCACACUUCACGUUGCAAGUGACCUUUUGUAAAAACAACGCAGCAUGGUGGACUUUUAUUUCCAACAGCAGUUUGCGAUCUCAUCUGCAUAACCAUAACACACCUGUAUGUACAAAAUAAUGAGCUUCGUAAAGAACAUGGUUGGUAGUAAUGGUGGGAUAAAAAAACAGUGCCUUAAACUCUUCCAUGUAUUUUGAAUGCAUCAAGUAAAAUUUUUGAAAAAUGUU